UAAACCGGAAAUUGGAAAAAUUGCCGGCAAAACCAAAAAAACAACAUGUUCACCCCACGGGGAGCAACAACACGGUCUAGGGCAUCGCCCUUCACCCCUACGCCACAGUCAACACGAUCCCAAAGCAAACGAGUCUCAAAUAUUGGUUUUACACCGAAAGGGAGGACUUCUUUGUAUGCAUCCAAAAGCCAAAGUAAUCGUAGUUUACAAACAUCCCAGAUUCUGGAGGAGACGGGUGGCCACAGAGUGGAGAGCUAUGGUCUUCCACUUCCAGUGCUCAUCACAGAGGCCCUGUCCCUGGCUGACCGACACACAGAAAUCACAGUGAAAAUUGAUCCUUCUGGAUGGGCGUGGCUUGUGGGAGGUAGAAAAUUGUUUAUAUGGCGUCACAAACAGUCCCAUACUGCCAGGGGUGUGUUCUGUAAGGAGUUGACCCUUCCUCCCAGUGACCUAGCCCACAAUGCUGACCGUGUGUGUGUCGUUCCCAGCAUCACAGAUGCCCAUUCAGCCUCCUGCAUGGCUGUUUCACCAGAGGGUAUUGUACGUUACUGGGCUAACGUGGCAUAUGAAGGAUCAUCAUCAGAAAUUAGUGCAGAACUUCGGGGAGAGGAGUGUGCUUGUGUCAUCAACUUUCAGCCGUAUGGAUGUCUGCUGGCAACGACAACAAGUUCUCUGGUUCUUCUUGCUCAUAAUCCUGGCCAGACCAGUCCGGUGUGUAUCCCACUGACAGCCUCUCAGGGAAUGUUUGCUGGUAUUGGACGCAGAAUGUCCUCCUUCAUCUUCGGUGCAUCACCCAUGCAACCUUCUGGAGCAACUUUACAGGCCAUUGUACCAGGAAGUGAGGAAGAAGAUGAGAGGCCAUUCUUUGUUCUGACCGGUACUCAGCUACAAAAGUGGACGAUUUCGGAGGGCAACACAGAAAAGUUGUUUUACCAGGUAGACGUUGACAGAAUGUUUCGAGAGUCUUUAGCACGUAAAGUUUGGGACCAAGACUCUCUACAUCUAACCCAGCUGAAGACAUGGCUAAUUGACAUGCAGAUCACAAGAUCUGGCGUCUUGAUUCUUGGGGUUGGUGUGAAUAUGGAGGUUUCCCUGACUCUGUACUUUGUACUAGCUACCAUUGAUACUGACAUCAAUGGGACACCUUCAGGAUUUGAAGAUUUGGUGAUCCUAGACCACAAGGAAAACUACACCGAGGAAAUAGAACUGAAGCUACAGAACCUGAAGCUACUGGUGCCUGAUCCCAUUUCAGGGGUGUCCUAUGUGUACGAUGAUGAACGGGUCCUGUUUAAAUCAGGAGAGUCCUCCGAAGUCACAGAGUUUCACGCACCAGGUGGAAUGAUUAUCGGGGCAGGAACUAGUGAAGGAACUGGAGUGUUUUUCUCCAGCAGCGUGGGACUGUUUUGCUUGACUGCCUCCAACAAACAGAAUACCAGUUUACUUAUCGAUACUACAAUGGACUAUCCAGAUAUUUCAAGAAGUGACAUGUCUGCUCUUGCUGCGAGCUCUUCACAGAUCCAUGAGUUGAGUCUGAGUGAGGACAAGACAUCACGCCUGAAGGCAGCCUUCUUGUCAGCGAUGAGGGGUAAUAUGGAUUUGGCACAGGCAGGUGUGGAUGAGUUAUUCCCCUUGUCUGAUAGUAACAUUACAGACAUGGACCAGAUUGUGGUGGCUGUAAGUCGUGACUUGAUUGAUGAUUACCCCGCCUCAGAUCCAAGGUGGGCAGAGUCACGACAAGAUCCCUGCAGUAGCACGACGUCUCUGAUUAUACUGAACCAGCUGUCAGACAAGCUCAAGGCACACGACUACAUCAUCAGCUUCCUCAAGAAAGUGGGCUUGUGGACAAGGCUGAGCACUGUUGCAGCUCGGGACCAUCCAAUGCUCACACACGAUGUUCUGUGUGAACAUGCAGAGAAGGUGACGGCAGCCAUGGCCCUCCGACAACUACACUCUGAAUACCCAGGAGCGAUUGAUGCUGCUAUCAGGAAGGUCCUUGAGAAUCGUGAUGUCACUUCAGUGUCUCAGGGCCUGGCGCCCCAGGAUGUCUUUUACAGGGAGGUUUCUAAAGUACAUGAGAUACUGGCAGCCCUGCUGGAGUACGAACAGGAAGUGCUGGCUGCUGAUGUAUCCACACCAGAGGUACUGGCAGUUGUAGCCGCAGUGAAUGCUGUCAUGGAGGCAAUGCUCCAUAAGGGCCUACAACACAGGCAUGCCAAGAUGUCCGUUUACAGAGAGGAUCUAGACCCUGUACGACUUGCAAAGCUGGAGUUCCUACCAUGGACUUCACAAGGUGGAGAAAAGGGGGCCAGAAAUCUCCUCCUCAAACAGUAUGCAGUGACCCUGGAUGGUACCAUGCCCGAGGUGACGGAUGCAGACACGAUGUCAGUGUUUUGUCAGCAGCUAGCACAGCUCGCGGACAUUGUACUGGAGGGCUUCAGUACACAACUGGAAUCGUUACACCACCUACAGGACCGGUCGGGGCACUACCGCGAACUCGACAGGAAGUACCAGCUCUGUCGCCAGCAACUCAUCACACCACUGUUGGAGAAGGAUCACAUGGAACUUGCUGCAUCGCUAGCGGAGAAAUACUAUGAUUUUGACAUCCUCAUUCAGCUGUGUGAACAGAUGGACAAUUCUGACCGCAUAGAACGAUACCUCACGCAGUUUUCAGACAAGGGUUUUGCUGAUAUCCUGUAUGCUUGGUAUAUGAAAGAAGGAAAGCUAGGUAAGCUGUUGUCUCUGCCUGCUCACCGACACCAGGAACUGGGACAGUUCUUACAAAGCAAGGACAUUAAGUAUCUCAGCUGGCUCCAUCAAUUACAGACCAGUGACUACUCACAGGCUCAUGAAUCCUUACUAGAACUUUCGAGGAUGGAAACAACGUCAUUAUCCAAGAAAAAGACAUUGCUGAGUCUAAGUAAACUGGCUGGACUGGCUUCAGACGAUGGUGAGGAGGAUGUUAACAUCACUGGAAUAAAUGAAGAACUGGACCUGAUAACCCACCAGGAACAACUACCAGCCCAUGUGCUGCAUCAGAGGGGCCUGGACCCAGAUGAGAUGGAAGUCCUUUCCCCAGAACAACUGAUUGAGCUGUAUAUCAGUGAUAUGUCAUCUGAGGAACAAGAACUCAAUUUUAAGAAAGCAUUAGACCUUCUGCAGUACAUAGACAGGAAUGAUCCCAACAUUGAUGUGGAAGCUUUGAGGUAUACGAUAUGGGCCAAGGCAAUCCUAAGGAACAGUUGGGCUGUCGACCAAUCCGGAGAGCCUAUAGAAACAGUCAAAGAUACAGUCUUCUUCAAAGUGGCCACUCUAGCCUAUGAUGAGGGAAUCGAUCUACGAGAAUAUCUUCCAGGAAUUGAGUUAUUGUUACGAUGUGAGGACCUUGGAUUGCUACAAGAUGACAGAAAUUUCCAAUACUUGUUACGUGUUGGCUACGAGCAUAUCCAGCAAACUCUUUACUGAGCAUUCAACAUUCUUUGUGUUAUGAGACCUUCCAUUGUGUCAUAGAAUUGUGUAUUUUCUUGGAUGAACUCCGAGUACAGGCUGAAGGUAUCACAUCAUCAUGGAAUUGUCGGAGAGUUCAAUUAUUUGCUGCCAUAUUUGAGACAUGUACUGUAGACAUCAAAGAUAGACAUAGGUACAUUUGCAUUUCACUCUUCUAAACACAAGGAUAUCUUGUAGUUUUGAUUAGCUUUAUGAUUAUGUAUGGUAAAUGUAGGAAAAACUUAAUUUUCACACUGAACGUCACAGUUUGCAAAUAAAUGUUGAGGAAGAAACAUAAUUUAAAACAAUAAAAUUUCGUGUUUG